AUGGAGAGUCUUGCUGAAGAUCUAGACAAUCUGAUGGGCAAAGAUAGGAACAAUCCUUUGCACAUCAGAGUUAAGAAGAGAGAUCAUUUCGAUGACAAUGAUGUGUGCAAGUAUCACUUGGUUGCUUUCUGUCCUCAUGAUUUGUUCCCCAAUACCAAAGCUGACUUGGGAAGGUGCCAGAAACGACAUGAUAAAUUUUUCAAAGAGAUGUUCAAGAAUGACCCAAACAUGGAGUACUACGAGAGAAAAUACGAAAGAGAGCUUGUUGAUUGACUCGAAAGAAUCAUUUUCAAAGUAGACGAGAAGAUCAGGAAGUCUCUUAGCAGAUUAGACGCUCCUAUCCCAGAGACAUACCAAAAGCUUAACGAGCGUAUUGGGCAGCCCAAUGAAGUCAGGAACAACCUGAUCGAUCAGAUCGCUAGUCUUAAUGAGAAAAUCAACUUCUUCCUCGAAGAUGCAGAGAGAAAAGGAGAGGAUGGCUUGAUUGACGAAUCUGAAGCUCUCUUCAAAGAGAUUGAGGACAUGAAAGCCAAGAAAGCAGAGCUGGAAACUCAGCUAGAAAUGAAUGUCUCAAAGAAACAAAUGACCGUUUGUGAGGUGUGUGGAGCCAUGCAGAGUGCCACAGAUACUGACAAGAGACUCACCACCCAUCUUGAAGGAAAACAGCAUAUGGGAUAUGCCAAGGUCAGAAAUUGCCUUGCAGAGCUUAAAGAGAAAUUUAAUGAAUACAGAGCCAAGAAGGAAAGAGAGGGAAGAAGAGAAAGGACCCCAUCUCCAGGUGCCAGAAGAAGAAAGAGAGAUUACGAAGAGAAUGAGGAUUUUGAUCCUUCUAAACUAAUUAGAAACUACUCCUCAGCCAAGGCUGGUACAGGUGCAAAUAUGCCUGAAGAUAGCACGAUCACUAUUGCAAAAUAUGCUAGCUCGAUCCUUGAACUCAACAAGGGUUCGAUUGGAGUCCCAGUAGAAGCUCCUGACUUCGAAGCAAUUAGGCAAGAGAAGGAAAGAAGAAGGAUUGCAUGGGAAAAGGAGCAUGGAUAUGUCAACGGCCAACCUCCUCCAGGCAGCAGAGGAGGCUUCAAUAGAAGAGGAAGAGGCGGUGUCGGCUUCGGAGGCAGAGGAAGAGGUGGCGGAAGAGGCGGAAGAGACAACUACGAUGAUAGAAGAAGAGACCGCAAUGGAGGUUAUGACAGAGAUCGUAAUGGAGGCUAUGAUAGAGACCGUAGUGGUGGAUAUAACAGAGACCAAAGAAGAAGGUACUAAUCAUAUGGCGGUUCAAUCAACUUUAGCUUUGAAG